CCACCCUUUCCUGUCAGUUGUCUGCACUAAAGCUGCUAAUUAGCCUCUAAGAAUUAGCUAAUAGCGAUCCAAUAGUGAUCCAAAGACUGCGCUCUGUGUCCAAGAAGCUCUACACAAGACAACUGGACAUGGCAGCUACCGUUUGCUGUCCUAAGCUGCUGUUGACUGUUGUGCUGUUAUAUGGCUGCAUUACAUCUUCCCACUCCCAGUUGACAGUCCUCACUAGACCUGAAGCCCUCGUCUCUUCCAGUGGCAGUGUGGUUGAGGGAACAGUGAUCCAGAUCUACUGUACUGUAGAGGGUGACACCACUGCCACCUUCACAUGGAUUCUCAAUGGGAACUCUCUGUUGAAUGAUCCACCUCACAUUCGUAUCAGGGAAGACAAUCUCCCUGAGCGUUCAGCAUCAUUGCUCACUGAUGACUCCACAUCUGUGCUCACUGUGGACAACGUCAGAGCCUCUGAUGAUGGAGUCUACCAGUGCACUGUUACUAGUGGAGCUACUUCUGGCAAUGGAACUGCUGUCACACUAACAGUGUCCUCUACUGCUGAUGGGACAUUGAUGUUGACUAAUCAGCCCUCUCUCAAUGAACCUGUUGACCUCUUUGCUUCCUUCAAUGACAACCGUACUGGGAUAGCUCUUGGUGGCACUGUCGAUAGUUCUCUACUGACAUGCACUGCUGGACACCAAGGUGAUGGAGUGGUGGACUAUCCCGCCCCCUCUGUGGUGUGGGUGAGGAGCGGACAAGUUGUGAAUGACACUGACUCACGAAUCACCAUCGCCUCGACCACAAUGACUAACGGACAAGUGACCAGUUCUCUGACUAUCAUUAACUUUGGACUGUCUGAUGCAGGAGUGUACCAGUGUGUCUUCACUGAUGACAGUGAUGGUGGGGAGGUCAUCACAUCAAUACCUUAUCAAUUGGAUACAGGUAAUACCAUUCUUAUUGAGAGAGUCUCUCCUGAGGUCAUCAUUUUACGUCCUCCUGAGAAGCUGGUCAUUGAAGUGAGAGUGUCAGGAGAGUAUGAAUUGAUGUUUUGGGGUGUAGGCACUGCAAGCACUUUAAUACCUGGUCUAUUGCGUCCUCAAGAGCUUCCCAACUAUUUUGAGACAUUUGUACGAGACAACACCACUGCUGAUGAUGAGGGGUUCUAUAUUGUUCAGCCUCAACGUAAAGCUUCAACAAUUCAAACUCAUGUCGUCACACCAACUGGUGGUGUUGAUUUUGGGGUUAUUGCGCCAGUCGAUGCUAACACAACAUCUCUCAGCAACUCUACUGUUGUGAUCCCCGAGGGAGAGAGUGUAGACAUCUCCUGCAGAUCAGUGGGAGCUCCCGUUCCUAGUAUCACAUGGGAGUUCAACAACCAGACCACUGACUUUGAGCAGACAGACACAGAGACACCAUUUGCAACUACACUGACUGGAACUAUUGGAAACAGAGGUGUUGACGUAACUCCUGGUAACAUUGAGUCGUCCCUCCAUAUUGUGAGUGCCACAUACCCUGAUCAUGAUGGAGUGUACACUUGUAUUGGAACCAACUCUGAUGACCUCACUGUCGCCAGCAGCAGUGCCUUCAUCACCGUACAAGUUAAUGUUAUUCCUGAAGUAGAGAUCAAUACUACUGAUACUCUUGUCGGCAUCGGAAAUGACGUCAUCAUCACCUGCUCCGUACUUAGGGGAAAUCCCUCCAAUUACAUGUUCACCAUUACUAACACUGAUACUGGCAAUACAACAACUGGACCAACACGUAUUUUGACUGACAUUCAGAUGACCGAUGUUGGUACCUAUCGUUGUGAUGUCACCAAUGAUGCUGGAACUGGGACCAGUAAUACUGUGACAAUAGAGCUGGGAGACCCUCCUGUUGUGACCACCAUUCAGCCGGACCCUGUGAUACUGAACACCACUGUGGACCUGGUUUGUGUUGUAACUGGAGACACUCCUAUAGAAAUUGUUUGGGAGCGGUUUGAUGUAGCCAGUACUGUAGAAGUUGUUUACACUGGGAAUGACACAACUGGUGGAAACUUCAGUUUAAUAGCAACUGUAGACAAGUAUGGGAUGUACCGAUGUAAUGCAACUAGUCGUUUUGGAAUGGACUCUUCUUCCAUUUUCAUCAUUCAAGCUGUUGGUCCCACCUUUCUUGCUGAUGGUGCUGACAUCGAAUUUGUAGUUGGUUCCACUCUCACCUUGACUGUGACCAUCACUGACUUCAACCUUCCACUGACUGAGAUCACCUGGUUCAUUGAUGGUGUUCCAGCUACAGCCGUCACUGGGAGAACUGGAGCCCUCAUCAUCACAAACACCAGCACCACCACUCCACCAGCCACCAUCACACUCACUCUAGACCCUGUUCAGCUACCCAGUGAGAGUGGCCUGUAUUCUGUGACAGCCGUCAAUCCUGCUGGGAUGGACACCACUACCUUUAAUGUUACUGUCACUGCCCCUGCUAACAUCACAUUCCCCGCUGAUUUGGUUGACCUACUCGUGUCCGAGGGAAAUCAAACCACCCUGACAUGUACUGCUCGUGGACCCCCAGCACCUGUGUUUGUGUGGUAUAGGGGAAGUGAUGUUGUUGACAUUGCUGAUGCCAGGCUUCAAAUUUCUACAAUGGAAAUAUCGAAUGUGACAACUGGUUUUAUUUACGUAACUUCUCUGCUCAACAUCACACAAGUCAACAGAACUGACUUUGGUAUGUUCAGAUGUGAGGCCUCUAACACCAUACUGGGUGCACCAUCCAACGACACUCAGAGCUACAACCUGACUGUAAAUUUUUCCCCCACAAUUCUUGAGGACCCAGCUCCAGUGUCUGUAUUUGCCCCCAUCCCACUCACACUGACCUGCACAGCUGAAGGCUACCCUCGGCCAACCAUAGUCUGGACAAGGACGUCUCCCACGGGAGAAGAGACUGAGUUUUCCCUACCCAUGCAGGACAAUAUUGACCUCACAGAGACAGCUAAUGGACUCAAUGUAACCAGUAAUCUGACCAUCCUAGUAACUGAUGAACUGAACACUGGAAACUGGAGCUGUAGAGCAAACAACAACUUUGGAGAGGCUGUCAGUCGUCCAGCUGAAGUCGUGAUAUAUUUUGGAGCUCAAAUUGUAUCUCCAAUGAGUGGAGAAAUUUUCCGAGUCAAUGAGACAGAAAACAUCACCUUUACAUGUGUGGCCAUUGGACUACCUCCUCCCACCAUCUCCUUCUUCAAUGGAGACCAACUACUCAGACUGCCUCGAUUUAUCGUAGAGACCCAACCAGCUGAGCUGUUACCCAAUACAACGUUUCUAGUGACUGCUUCACUUACUCUUAUCAAUGCUAUGGAUGGGGACAGUGGUGAUGAGGGAAUAUGUCGAGCCAUGAAUACUGUGGAAGAACUGAACGAAACGAGAUUGGAUGAAGUUAGCAUUGAGGUGGUGGUGAAUGUUGCUCCAUCCAUCACGGUUCCUCCUGUGGACGUCAGUGUGGUCGCUCCUAAUCCUGCCUUGUUCUCCUGCACUGCUGACGGUGUUCCCAGACCAACCAUCUCCUGGCUCAGGAGAGACAAUGGGACUGAAGUCGAUGUCACUACAGACUCCAAUGUACAGAUUAAUAACGCUCCUAUUAAUCGUACUAUCGUGAGCAAUCUCACAUUCAACGAGGCUCAGCCAGUCAGGUCGGGAGUGUACAUCUGUGUUGCCUCUAACUUGCUUGGAUCAGCUACAGAGAUGGCACAGCUAACUGUUAAUGAUCUACCUCGGAUCCUCACUCCUGUGAUCAAUUUCAAUUACACUGUGAAUGAAGGCGAAUCAGUCACAUUCAACUGCUCUGCUAGUGGUAUUCCAGCACCAAGGAUCAGCUGGUUCAGGAAUGGAUCAGCUACCAGUAUUAACAAUACUCGAUUUUCCAUAUCUCAAUCUCAAGUUGAUGAUAACUAUGAGCUAUCUGACAACAGGGGCACUGGUUUCCUAGUUACCUCACAGCUUACAAUCUCAGCCACACGAGACGAGGACUCCGGACAGUAUCAGUGCCGGGCUGAGAAUGAUGUCGGGAAUACAACAAGAGAGUUUGAGUUGGUUGUGCAAAUUGCUACUGAUAUCACCAUGGACCCUGAUGAUGUUGAUGUCACUGAGGGAAUGUCAGCCCCAUUCCUGUGUGCAGCCACUGGCCGGCCACUUCCUAGCAUCACCUGGUACAGGGAUGGCACCAACGACUCACUCCUGCCUGUGAAUGUGUCUGAUCCAAGAGUUAUUGUGACUGAGACUGCGAUGGCAGAAAGACAGCUAAUUAGUAACUUGACUAUAAACGAUGUCCUCCCCUCUGACAGUAAUGUGUAUCGCUGUAUUGCUGAGAAUGAUGUAGACAGUGACAUGCGUAAUGCAACCCUAACAGUCAAUGUGUUGCCAGUGGUGACUAGUGUGCAUCCUGAAGUCGGACUAACAAACUACACUGUGAAUGAAACAGACUCUAUUAUUUUCGAGUGUACAGCCACUGGUAUCCCUGCUCCUGUGAUAGACUUUAACUUUGGUAACAUCACGGCUAGAGUUGACGUUAAGGAGAGCUCUGUACCUGUUGAAGUAACAAGAAACCAAGAUGGAGAAACCGUGUACCAAGUUACAAAAACUGCCAUGAUUAACAGAACAAUGGACUCCGACUCUGGAGUGUACAUGUGUGUGGUGAAUAAUGAGUAUGGAAUGGACCAGGAAUCAUUUCAACUCACUAUACAAGUGUCUCCAACUAUCACUCAAAGCCCAGUGGAUGUCACCAUCAUUAAAGGCAACAAAACUGUGUUUGUUUGUCAGGCCAGUGCUCGUCCCAAACCAGCUGUCAACUGGGACUAUUACGAUCCAGUCUCAAACUCCACCUCUCGUGUCAUGGAUGGUGCUGAUUAUGAGAUUACUGAAGCAAUGGAUGAUGACAGAAUUUUGACGAGCACUUUUACAGUACUGUCCACUAAUGUGUCUGAUUUCGGAGAGUACAGGUGUACAGCUAUUAAUGUGGUGGGAAUGGUCAGCGCAACUGCAAGUCUUUCUGUACAUGUUCGUCCAAUGAUCACCUCCCUGGAGCCUGGAGAUAUGUUGGUGGUAAACCAGACUAACUCAGCGACCUUUGUCUGCACAGCCACUGGACUACCCACUCCACUAGUGCAGUGGUAUCGAGGUGACCUCCUCCUCAAUGGAACUGGAAUGGACAUUAACUCACGAGUGGAACUGAAUAACACGAUUAUGUACGGGUCACUAGGGCAGAUUAGCACAGUGAUAAGUAUGAUCACUAUCACUGACACAAUUGGUGGUGAUUCAGACACAUACUCUUGUGUGGCCAGUAAUGCUCUAAUUAACAAUGGUGUGAUGGAGGACGGAAGAGAUCAACAAGACGUUACUCUCUUUGUUCAAGUUCCACCUGAAGUCACUUCCUUGGCUGUUAAUCGGAGAAUAACAGCUAAUGAGUCAGAAUCAGCUACUCUUAGUUUCAGUAUUGAGAAGGCCUCCCCUGUUGUCAUGGUGUCUAAUAUUCGCUGGUACUACUCGGCUAACUUUUCCUUGCCAUUGUUGGCUAGUGGUUUUGAGUUUCAAGAGAUUACAAGUCUGACAAAUCGUACAUUAAAAUCUAACCUCACCUUCUCCAGUGAUCGUCUCACCCUGACCAUUGGCAAUAUUGUUCAAGCUCGCAUUCCUGGUGAGGAAACUGAUGCAGGACGAUACUUUCUGCAAGCCACUAAUGAAGCUGGGAGUGACAACUCAUACAUUGAUAUUGUUGUGAAUGGACCACCAGUGAUAAUCAAUCCUCCAAUGGAUCAGGUCAUAAUUAACAAUGGAUCGAGUGCUGUGUUUUCUUGUGAUGCUUUGGCAUCUCCUGAUCAUAAUGUCUCGUGGACGUUCACUGAUUUCAACCAAAUAAUGAUGAAUAUUGUCAGCAACAUUAAGUACACCAUUGUAGGUGAUCGUAAUGAAAGUACGUUUGGAGAGCUGACAGUAACGAAUGUGACCUAUGAGGACAGAGGAGUGUACACCUGCUCGGCUGCUAAUACCAUUGGAACUGAUACCGCUUCUGCAAACCUUACUGUCCAUGUGACCCCUGUGAUAGUCGAUACAUCUGCUCUUACUGAAGUGCGACUGGGCGUACCUACUGUCCUUGUGUGUCUGGUCACUGGCUUCCCCAUUCCAUCCAUCUCCUGGAGGAAGGACGGAGAGAUUGUCAACAUUUACAGUGAUUCCUCACUCUUAGCAAGACUGGACGUCGUAGAAUUUGCCGCGGUGUCCAUGGACACGAACAGUAGUGCUGAGUUUCAGAGCAGUGGAUACACAGGCAGUGGCAGCAUAAUGGGCCUGCUCAUGAUGUACACUGAUGUCACUGUGGAUCAAGUACGUCAGUUGGGAGAGCUUGGAGUUGUCGGGUUGCUGUCGUUUGAAAAGACGGUGAGGGAGGACACUGGGAACUACACGUGCACUGGAACCAACAUGCUUCUUGAGACAACCACAUUGAGUGAAGUAUCCAACAAUAUACCUCUGUUUAUCUUAGAGCAUCCAGACUCCCCUGCUAAUGUGAGCACUCGUGAUGUUGGUGCUCGCUGGGUGGUUCUUAGUUGGAUACCCUCUUUUGACGGCAACAGACCAGUGACCAAUUUUUCCUUGUACAUACGCUCUGUGGAUGUCUCAGACAGUUCCCCUCUGAUCAGUACCCUCAAUCCUAGUGACUUGAUGAGCUCUGCAGGGGAGCUUUUGUACAAUGUUUCAAUGCAGGGGGUCAUUCUCCCCUACACCAACUACUCCUUCACUAUAGACGCCUGCAAUAACAUCGGCUGCAGCAAUCAGAGUGACCCGUCUCCUAUAGUUACGACUGAUCAGGACGCCUCUUCCCUGCCCACUGGAUUGACGGCUGAGCCCACUGAGACAAAUAUCACACUGACCUGGACAGAACCAGACGUGCCAAAUGGAGUCAUCACUCACUAUGAGGUUUCAUUUGUCGGGAUCAGAGAAUACGCUCCAAGCUUCAGUCACCCAGAUACCACUCUGUUUUCUUUAGGAGACGUUUAUUCUCCAGCCAAUAACAAUUUUGGAACAACUCUGAUCGACCUUUUCCCUAACACUCAGUACACAGUGUCAGUGUUUCCAGUCAACGGAGCUGGCAAUGGAAUGCCAGCUACCAGUACUGUGAACACACUGAAUGCUCCCCCACCUCCUGCUGUUGUUGAGCCGUCGUCAGUUUCUGGAGAGGAGGUCAUUAACAGCGACCCACAAACAGUCACUAUUGGUGUUGCCUCGUUCUCAGAAGACAAUGUUGUCAUAACUCACUAUCAAGUCAUUGUGGUCUUCCUUCCUGAAGGAACAGCAAUAAGCGAUCUAAACUCAGACUCAAAGGUUCAAUUUCCCCAGCAAGAUAUUGGAACCUAUGCUGACCUUUCUUGCAAUAGCAAACCUUCUUCCCCAUAUGCUUAUAUCACUGCUGAGAUGAGUGGUGACCUCUAUAAGGGCCUCACAGGAGACAAGUUUGUGGUUGGACAGGAUAAUGACGAUGAUGUGAAUUCUCCGAAUGACCGUCCUGAUCGUUACACCAAUGGACUGCUGUGUUUCGCUACAAGCUACACUUUCUUUGUACGUGCAUUCUCAGCAUCUGGCUCAAAUCAGAUGGGACGCAGAGCAGUGAGACAGGCUGAUCCAGAUAACAGACAGUAUGAUGACUUUGCAUCCAGUGGAUAUGUCCAAUCUACUGCUGAAAUUCCCCCUGCUCCAACAAACUCCACUGCAAUCAUUGUAGCCAUCAUUGUGGUUCUUCUGGUGAUCAUUGUGGUUGUGGUCGUUGUAGUGGUGAUUGUCAUUUUCGUGAGGCGUGGUCGAAAGUACGAAUACAAGACAAACAACGAGACUGACAAUGGAAUUGGUGUGGAGACACUCAAGCUAACGGACUACAGACCACCAGAUGAAGGUUCUGUUGUGCGUCAUCCCAUCCCUCUCUCCGUGCUUUCCUCCCACUGUGAGAGGAUGCAUACCAACGAGAACUGCGGCUUCGGAGAGGAGUACAGGAUCAUCCAAGAGAAGUCCCCUAAAAAAGCUGUGGACAUCUGCACUACCCCAGAUAACAAACCCAGGAAUCGCUAUGCCAACAUCCAGUGCUUUGACGAGACCAGAGUGGUCCUCACUUCCAUUGAGGGUGCCGAGCACGACUACAUCAAUGCUAACUUCAUUGCUGGUUACAACCGGCCCAGGGAGUAUAUUGCAGCACAGGGUCCCCUGCCGGACACACUUGGAGAUUUCUGGAGGAUGGUAUGGGAUUAUGACAUACCGACCAUUGUGAUGCUCACUAACCUGGUGGAGAAGAUGAAGAUCAAGUGCUCCCAGUACUGGCCCAAUGCAGGACACCAGCAGUAUGCCAGCAUUGAUGUGUCUCUGGUCAACACAGUCACUCAGUCGGACUUUGUUAUUCGCCACUUCCACAUUAAGCAGAUAAACUCUGAAGAGGUAAAGGAGGUGCGUCAGUUCCAUUUUGUAUCAUGGCCUGACUUUGGUGUCCCUCGUCAUCCUACCCCCCUCCUACACUUCCUGCGUCGGGUACGGAACAUGCACUCCUAUAGCAACGAGAGACCACUCCUCAUUCACUGCAGUGCUGGAGUUGGUCGUACUGGUACUAUGGUUACGAUUGACGUGGAGCUACAAAGAGCCAUGCAGGAAGGGGUGGUCGACCCGUUCAACUACGUUACCAAGCUCAGGGACCAGAGAAACCACAUGGUUCAAACAGAGGCUCAGUACGUGUUCCUGCAUGAUGCUAUCAUGGAGGGAAUAACCAGUGGGGCUACCGAGAUACGAGUGGAGAAGCUGGUGCAAAAGUAUGCUGAGCUGGAGCAGGCUGAUGCAGAAGGGGAAACUGGAUUUCAGAAGGAGUAUGGGCGUUUGAGACAGUUCAAGGUGGAUGUGAAAGAGUUCACUGAUGCAAACGAUGACGCCAACAAGUUCAAGAACAGGAUUUCCAAUGCUCUCCCAUACAACUACAACCGAGUGCACUUGCAAAUGUCCCCUGGAGUGGGUGGCUCCGACUACAUCAAUGCAAGCUAUAUUGAUGGCUACUCCAACAAGGCCACAUACAUAGCCACUCAAGGUCCUCUACUCAAUACGCUGAACGACUUCUGGAGGUUGGUGUGGGAGAAAGAGGUCCACGUCAUUGUCAUGCUCACUCAGCUAGAGGAGAAGGGGAAGGAGCAAUGUGCCCAGUACUGGCCCGAGGCGGUCAAUUCUACUGAGAAGAUGGGCAGUCUGACCGUAGAGCUGGUCAAUAGCAACCAGUAUGAAGACUACGUUCUCAGAGAGCUCAAGGUCUCAGACGUCACUGCGACUGACGGCAAGUCCCGCACUUUGAAGCAGUAUCACUUCAUUGCAUGGCCGGCAGAGGGUGCUCCUAUGUCAGGGGCAGGGAUGAUCGACCUCAUCGAUCAGGUGAACCGUACCCAGUCACACACUGGGAACAAGCCCAUCCUCGUUCACUGCAGUGCUGGGAUUGGUCGUACUGGUGCAUUCUGUGCUCUGAGCACAUCCAUUGAUCGUGUGAAGACGGAGGGGUUGGUGGACGUGUUCCACUGUGUCAAGCACUUGAGGACACAGCGACCACACAUGGUCCAGUCAGUGGAGCAAUAUGCAUUCUGCUAUGUGGCAAUCCGAGAAUAUGUCGAGUCAUUUAAUUCGUACUCUAACUUUCAAUAGUAACUUUCUAUAGUGUGCGUUGAAACUUUUAUUUUUUUGCUGCACAUGCAUAGUUAAUAGUUGUAGGCUGUUCGAAACAAUGUAGCACAUAACGUAAUUUCCUUGAUUUUUAAGUUGUCUAUAAUUAUGCAUGCUUAUUAUGAUUUCAUGUUAUAUAAUUAUACUGUCUACUAUAGCUCUAUGGAAUAAUA